AUGCCUGUAGGUCUGACCAGCCCCAUAUCUGUAUACUGUGAUCAGACCACAGAUGGGGGAGGGUGGACGGUCAUACAGAGGAGGUUUGACGGGUCCAUCGACUUUAACCGGCCUUAUAACUCCUUUAGGUUCGGGUUUGGUUCAUCCGCUGGGGAGCAGUGGUUGGGGUUGGAGAAUGUGUACCGUUUGACCGACCAGGAUGCGUAUGAGAUGUAUGUAGAAUUGGAGGAUUGGAACAGUGUGGUCAAGUACGCCAAGUACUCGUCAUUCUCGUUGGGGAAUAGUGGUUCCUACUAUCGCCUCUCUGUUGGUGGGUACAGUGGGACGGCUGGGGAUGGGUUCUACUUAUCGUCCGACUCAUCUUCCCACGGUGGCUACCUAAACGGUCAGGCUUUCAGCGCUAGGGAUGUAGACCGUGAUGCCAAUAGCGGGUCUUGUGCUGGUGGUAGAGGUGACUACUCAGGAGGGUGGUGGUACAAGAGCUGUGCUAGGUCUGCCCUGAACGGCCCGUACCUGCGGCCCUCUGACCGCACCGGUCACAGUGGCUACGGUAUCUAUUGGUACCCAUUUGGAGGCUCCUAUCACCAAUAUCUGAAAAAGUCCAAAAUGAUGGUCCGUCCUGCUAACUUCCAACCAUAA